AUGGCCAGACCACCUGCGGCUCAUACUGUAAUUUCGCUCAAUUCAGGCAAAGUUCUUGUUACUGGUGGCGAAACAAAUGGUGAUGUAUUGGCUAGUUAUGAAAUAUAUGAUCCAUUGACAGGCAAAUGGAACAAUGUUACUAGCAUGACGGAUGAACGUUCUCAGCAUACUACAACCUUGCUCAAGUCGGGAAAAGUUCUUGCCACUGGUGGCGCCGGAUAUACCCGUUCUAUGGAUACCUCAGAGAUAUACGAUCCAUCAACAGGCAAAUGGAAUCCCAGUGCACGCUUAUCCAUAAAACGUUAUGCUCAUACUGCAACCCUACUCAAUUCAGGCACAGUUCUUGUCACUGGUGGCGUAUAA